UGGCUUCGGCAAAAUGUCCAUUCGGCGAAAUAACCAUUCGGUCGGCGAAAUGAAAUUCGGUGAAAUGGGGUUUCGGCGAAACGGUUUUCGGCGAAAUGUCCUUAUACCAUUUUAUUACAAUAUCGGAGGUCUAUACAAUUGUCCGAGCCCUACUGACAGUAAAAAAAUAAACAACCAGUCAUUUACCGCUCUAUUAUUUGCACUAGAUUCAUUAUUCUCAUUAGAUUCUCUAUUAUUCGCGCUAUACUUGUUAUGUACUAAAAUUGAAAGAAUGAUUGUAUAUAAAAUUAAAUGAAUAAGUACUAUUAACUCGAGGAACCUUGCAGCUUUAUUUUCAACCUCCCACCAUUUAAAGAAUAAAUAAAUAUUUAUAGCGUGUAGAACUAAAGAUUAUGAUAUCGUCCAAUGAAUCUAUAAUCUUUAGUCCACUAUCAUUAUUGCCAUUACUAUUAAUACUGGGUUUAUCAUAGACUCGUUUAACUAUAAUGGCUACCGCGACUUCAGUAAUGAAAUCAUCCCAGAAAUCAAGAUGACAUCAUUGAGAAAAAAAAUUCGAUCUAUAAAACAAUGAAUAUCUGUAAUUAUACUGGAACUUACGAGAAAUUCACCUAUUUUAUA